AUGCGGUUUGAGGAGGCCCACAAGGGGUCCUUCCAGCAGGAGGUGGGUCCAUUGCAUGACAAUGUCGAUGAAUGGGAGAUGGAGGCAACACUUCCAGCGCUUGCUGUUCAGCUUCGGCAUGGGGAGACGCCGGGCCGCAGCAGCCUGGCGAAGAAAAAGACAGCAGCGGCACCAGAGACUAGUUGGCAGUUGGAGGAGGCUGAGGUCUGCGUGCCGGUUCCGCCGGUGUCCCCUGCGGCUCAGGCAUCCCCUUCGGGGCAGAUGUCAGCUGCGAGCGAGGAGCUGCUCCAUCUGCCACUGUCUCAUGAAGCUGGCUCCUCAAAGGCGGGAGAUGACAACUCGCCUUUGUCAGAGCCAAUAGUGCAGGCUGUCUCGAAGGCCGAACCAUUCCCAUCGGAUGUGGAGGUGUCAACAAGCACCCAGUUAAUGCUUUUGACGUGGGCCCGAUGGGGCCGCAAUGCAUGGCGCAUCAAGCAGGAGGAUCAGAUCAAGCAGAUGCAGCACAGGCGCUUUCCUCGCACGCCGGCACCACCGCGAGAGCCGCUGUCCCCGCAGCCAACGCCCCGCGAGCGCCUGACGGAGACCCCAGGCUCGACUCCUUCCGGAUCUCCUGCCUCGCGACCACGGACUGGUGCAGCUGCCUGGAGAGCCGGCGGCGAGCUAGGCAUGGGCACCACCGUCCACAGCCGUGAAGGGCGCAGCGAAGGCCGUGACGAACGCAACGACCGCUUUGCCUUCGCGGAGCUGCGAGAGGAGCAGCGGGAUUCCAUGGCCCAGCAAGGUGCGAGGACCAAGUUGGUCCGUGCUUUGGGUGGCAAUGCUGCCACCGCGCACAGUACUGGCACCCCUGGCUUUGGUGUUGACACCCCGGGCUUCCCGGCCAGCGGCGCAGCUUCAGCCGACGCAUCGGUGGCCAGCAGCGGCGUGGCGAGUCCCGUCAAGGGUGGCCAGAUGUCGCCGUGGAUCCUGGAGGCCGAGGCUCUCUGUGAGGAGUCUGAGGAAGAUGCCUCGCCCGGAGGAGGUUGGAGCCUCGAUCCAGGGCCAGACAACUUGCUUGUCAUAGAAGAAGAGCUCCACGGGCAACAGAAAAAAGUCGAGCCGGCGGCGCAGGCCAAUGAAGACCAGGAGGUCUUGGACGAGGAUGAGCUCGAGCGGGUGGAGAUGUUUGAGGAAAGCCCCAGCAAGAAGUCGACGCAGGCUCAGGCAUGA